GAGCGCGCCUCUGCUCAGCCGCUGUCACGCUUUACUACCAACAGGCACGGAAUUCCAGGGAGGAAGUCACUGAGAUUGGGAAAGGAACAACAACUCCAACCGUGCCAAAAAAAAAAACCAACCUGUGGGACGAAGGAGAGGUGAAAAUACGGGAACUCCUCAUUGGGGACAGUUAAAACAUCCAGCUUUGGAAUAUGGACUAGAAGCGGCGAGUCGGAGCAGAUGGAGGCGGCGAGAAGUUUGGUCUUUGUCGGGGUCGUGCUGCUCGGAGUGACGGGCGCGCUGGGCAGAGAAGUGUGCCUGGGUACAGAUAUGAAGCUGGCCCUGCCCUCCAGCCUGGAAAACCACUACGAGACCCUGAGGCUGCUCUACACUGGCUGCCAGGUUGUCCACGGCAACUUGGAGAUUACACACCUUCAUGGAAACCCUGACCUCUCCUUCCUGCAGGGGAUCGUGGAGGUGCAGGGGUAUGUCCUUGUAGCCCACGUGUCAGUGGGUUUGGUGCCUUUGGACAACCUUCGGAUUAUCCGAGGCAGCCAGCUGUACAACUCCAGCUAUGCCCUGGCUGUACUGGAUAACACUCUUAAUGGACAGGGGCUUAGGACGCUCCGGCUUCGUAGCCUCACAGAGAUCCUGUUGGGUGGGGUGUACAUUUGGGGGAACCCCCAGCUGUGCUUCCCAGACCCUGAGAAAAUUGUUUGGAGGGACACGUUGGACGAGCAGAACUUCCACGCCAAGCAGCACCGGCUGCAGCCCCGGGCCUCUAAAUGUCCAAAUUGUUCCUCUGUAUGUGUGAAUAGCUGCUGGGGAGAAACUGCAAAGGACUGCCAAACCUUGACCCGUAUUAAAUGUGCGUCUGGCUGUCAGCGGUGUAAAGGUCUGCUGCCCAAUGACUGCUGUCACAUGCAGUGUGCUGCUGGAUGCACAGGACCCAAAGACUCGGACUGCCUGGCGUGCCGUCACUUCAACGACAGCGGUGUGUGUAAGGAGAACUGUCCUCCACCCACUAUCUACGACCCUGUCACCUUUCAGACCAAACCCAACCCAAACAAGAAGUUCAACUUUGGAGCCACCUGUGUCAAGACGUGUCCCUAUAACUACCUAGCUAUGGAAGUAGCGUGUACUUUGGUUUGUCCCAAAGCCAACCAGGAAGUCAUCAUCACCCAGCCCGAUGGAAACGAGGUGCAGAAAUGUGAAAAGUGUGAAGGAGACUGUCCCAAAGUGUGUUAUGGUCUGGGUAUGGACAACCUUGGUGUCAUGGAUAACCAUGGCAUCACCAUGGUAACAUCUUCUAAUGUGGAGCAGUUCAACAAGUGUAAGAAGAUUUUUGGCAGUCUGGCCUUCCUCCCUCAGAGCUUUGCAAGGGACCCUGUGACCAACACAUCAGGCCUGACUCUGGAGCAGCUGAGUUCCUUCAAGAAACUGGAGGAGCUUACAGGUUACUUGUACAUUGAUGCCUGGCCUGAAGAGUGGACUGACCUGAGUGUAUUUGAAAACCUGAGGGUGAUCCGGGGCAGGAUGCUCUACAAGGGUGUGUUUUCACUUGCCAUCCAAAAUCUCCCCAUCCAGUCGCUUGGGUUGCGUUCACUACGCAGUGUCAGUGGAGGUUUGGUCCUGCUGCACAACAAUUCCCAGCUGUGCUACACCAGUUCACUGCCCUGGGAGAGUCUCCUGCAUCCCACCCAGGGGCCCCACCGCAUCGUCAACCACAACCAGGACCCCAAAGUCUGUGAGGCAGAAGGUCGCAUUUGUCACCCACUGUGUGAUGGGGGCUGUUGGGGGCCCGGGCCUGGCCAGUGUGUGUCCUGCAAAGCUUUCCGACGUGGCACAGAGUGUGUGGAGCAGUGCGACAUCUAUCAGGGAGCUAUACGUGAAUACACAGACGGAUCUUUGUGUGUUGCCUGUCACACAGAGUGUCGACCUCUCAACGGCUCUGCCUCCUGUCACGGCCCGGGUGCAGAACAUUGCACAGAGUGUCGAAACUUCCAGGACGGUGAGUUCUGUGUGGACCAUUGUCCGAGCGGUGUGAAGGAGGAUCAGCAAACUGUGUGGAAGUACAACAAUGCAACAGGACACUGUCUGCCCUGCAGCACCAACUGCACACUGUCCUGCACUGUGAUGGAUGACAGAGGCUGCCCCAUCGAUACCAGAACAGGACCGGGUACGACCAUCGCGGCUGCAGUGGGUGGGGUGGUGCUCUUCUUCAUCCUGCUGGCUCUGCUGGUCUUCUACCUGAAGAGGCAGAAGAAGCUGAGGAGGAAGGAGACCAUGAGGAGGAUCCUGCAGGAACAUGAGCUGGUAGAGCCUCUUACACCAAGUGGUGCGUCACCCAAUCAGGCUCAGAUGCGAAUCCUAAAGGAAACUGAGCUGAAAAAACUCAGGGUGUUGGGUGCAGGGGCCUUUGGUACUGUUUUCAAGGGAGUGUGGGCUCCUGAUGGGGAAAAUGUGAAAAUACCAGUGGCUAUUAAGGUAUUACGAGAGAACACUUCGCCAAAGGCCAAUAAAGAAAUCCUUGACGAGGCUUACGUGAUGGCGGGGGUUGCCAGUCCUUACGUGUGUCGUCUUCUGGGAAUCUGUCUGACCUCCACGGUGCAGCUGGUCACUCAGCUGAUGCCGUACGGCUGCCUUCUUGACUACGUCAGGGAGAACAAAGACCACAUCGGCUCCCAGUUCCUCCUCAACUGGUGUGUCCAGAUCGCCAAGGGAAUGAGUUAUCUGGAGGAGGUCCGUCUGGUCCACAGAGAUUUGGCCGCCCGCAACGUUCUAGUGAAAAACCCAAAUCACGUGAAGAUCACCGACUUCGGCCUCGCCCGCUUGCUGGACAUAGAUGAGACUGAGUAUCAUGCUGAUGGAGGGAAAGUGCCGAUUAAAUGGAUGGCUCUGGAGUCUAUUUUGCACAGGAAGUUCACUCAUCAGAGUGACGUCUGGAGCUACGGGGUGACAGUCUGGGAGCUGAUGACAUUCGGUGCGAAGCCCUACGACAUGAUCCCGGCGAGGGAAAUCCCAGAUGUCUUGGAGGGAGGAGAACGCCUUCCCCAGCCCCUCAUCUGCACCAUCGACGUCUACAUGAUCAUGGUCAAAUGUUGGAUGAUUGACCCAGAGAGCAGACCGAAGUUCAAGAAUCUGGUGAAUGAUUUUAGCGUCAUGGCCAGAGAUCCUCCUCGCUAUGUAGUCAUUCAGAACGAUGAGCAGAUGAGCAUGUCCAACCCAGUGGACAGCCAGUUUUUCCGGACGCUAAUGGAGGAGGAGGGGAACAAUAUGAGGGAACUGCUGGAUGCUGAGGAGUAUCUGGUGCCUCAGCCAAACCUCUUCCCGAGGACUCACGGAGACGGGGUUCACUCCAAUGGGCCAUCCAGACACCAGUCAUACAGGAGCAGAGAUCAGGGCUUAGAUGUUGAGCCCUCCAUCAUGGGCGGCCCACGAAGCAUGUACUCCUCCCUGAGCACUCUUGGCCGCAGCCAGUAUCCUACCCUACCAUUAGGAUCCAGCACCUCCAACGGCCUGUGGACUCCUCAGUACCCAACGCUGGCUCGCAGCCCCUCGGCCGGAGGCCAGUCCGACUCCGUCUUCCUGGAUGGGCCUCCAGACGACCCCUCGUUGCCCCCGGGCAGCCCCGGGCGCUACAGUAAAGAUCCCACCUACCCCAACGGGAGCCAGGGUGAUCUGGAGACAGACGGACCGAAUGGCUUUCAUCAUCCUCAUCACCUUCAUCACUCACUGCCCAGAAGGAGUCAUGGGUAUAAUCAUAAUCAUGCUUUGCCAGAGUACGUCAACCAGGAGAUGCUGGAUCCCAGACACGAGCGGCCCAGCACGCUGCCUCGCAAAGGCUCUAGAGCAGACCGACGCCUCCCUAACGGCCUGAGCUCCGGUCACAGUGUGGAAAACCCAGGAUACUUGGUCACUGGGGGCUCUACCUCCCCAGCCUUUGAUAACCCGUACUAUCUGGACCUUGUGGCCAAAGCCAAAGCAGUAGCUGGGACAGGGGAUGAGAGAGACGGAGGAAUGCCCAGGCAUGUGAACGGGUUUAUGACCCCCACGGCAGAGAAUCCAGAGUAUCUUGGACUAGCAGACACCUGGAGUGGACAUACUUGAGGUGAAGGAACAGGGGUAAUGUGAUGAACUCACCAGGAGUCACAGAUUGUGUUCUACUGAGGUAAAAGAGGAGUGAGAGAAAGGGAAGAUGGAUAUUUGUGUGACAGAAAAUGACCUGGGUGUGUGUUUGACAUUGAGAAUGAGCAUGUGGAACCGAAUCUUCUCUCAAUAUCAAAUGAAGCACCACAAAUCCAAACCAGCGGAGGAUGUCUGGCAAAAGUCACCAAAUGGCCCAGUUGUGGCAGACCAUGACUCAACACUGUGUAGCAUUCAUCUGGUGUCCGUGGCAUCAUUUGUAUUCCUGUCUUCCUCUCAGCAAUCUGCGACUGUUAAGUGCCAAAAAGAAGUUUACUCAGCCUCUGUAAAUAACUCAGUACUUGAUAAGCAAAGGAGUUCACAUUUGUGGAAAUUCAUUGUGGUACGAGAAAGGUCUGAUUAUCACAGAAUCCAACGUUUGACUGGAUUCAUGAAUGCUGAUUUUUUUUUUUUUUUUUUAAACUCUCAUUUUCUUUUAACUUGUUUAAUAUAUGUGGUUGUUUCUACAUGUGAAGCUUAAAUUCCCUCUCGUGUCCUGAUACACCACUCAGGCCCGCUAAAUAGAGAAAAACAUAUAGAGCACAUUGACAAAGUGAGCCAUGGUAUGCAUUGAAGAUUGUGUUUAGUAUUCUGGUCACUUUCUCCCGGACCUGAUGGGGGUCUUCAGUACACUCAAAGCCAUUUUGUUUCUGCCAGAGAAGGCCCUGCAGCCCAUCUGGCCAGUAGACAUGCUCCCAGAAAGAAAGGCAUCCUGUAUGGAGAAGACAGAGGCAUUGUGCCGCACUGAUGUAUGUGGUUGUUAGUGUCGGUGGCUGCAGCUUCUUUGUGGUACGACGGAUGAGAUACGAGGUAGAGGCAGACUUUUUAAGCUUCUCAAAUCUCACAAAUUAAAGUUUUGAUGGUAAAAACAUAGUGAAUAAGUGAUUAAGAUAGAGAAAACCUUUCAGGGAUUGACAGUUUUGCAAAGAAUUAGGGAGAAUUAUUUGUGUAAUGAUGCAAAAUGCAUGUAAAGAUACUGUAUACGCCCCCCCAAGCUUGUGUUAUCAUAAUGGGCCUUUUGGUUUUUGGUGACCGUUCACUGUGCAAGAAAGCAUACAAGCUAUUGGUAAAUAUAAUCCAAAGUAAGUGAAGAAUUAGCAUAUAUAAAAAGCAGUUGUGCUGUUUGUGUUUUUGUGUAAAAGUGAGCAAUGCACUGGACACUGGAGCUGAAUGUGAAUCUGAGGAGGCAAAAAUGUGGCUCUGCUCGGUUUGGAUAAUCAAUGCAUGGCUCAAAUUCCACUUAGCGAGAACACACUGGCAUCACAGUUAAUAAUCAACAGCAUUUUUUUGAAGCCUGUUUUUUUUUUUUUUUUUUUUUCAUGUUAACUAGUGUUGGGCUGGGGGAGGUCAAACAGAGUCAAUGGAGCCAUUGUCUGAGCCCCAUGUCCUCGUUGGAAAGUCAGCUCUCUCCCAGCUCGCACGUCCCAGCGACCGAUGUUGUCACAGCUCUGAAAAGACAGAAGUGGAGUUUUUAUUCUGCAGAGGUUUGGGACUCUGCAGCCGAAUGUGGUUCAGCGUAAUCCCUGAAAUAAGUGAGUGGGUGACAUGAUUUCACCGCGUCGCGUUAUGUACUAAACAAACUGCAGCUUAUUAUCCAGCUGCAACCAGCUACUACUGAGUUUCAACAUUUUUUUAAGGAAGUACUUCUGAGAUAUGUAAUUUCUCAGACAUUGUCCACACAAUGAACAGAGUGUGUCUGGUCAUGAGUGGGAGGCCUGAGAUGUUUGUUGAAAUGCUCUCCGUCAUCCUCCACCAUCACGUCAGUUGUACUCUUAAAGUCUUUUAUCUUGAUGUUCUCAUACGGGUUUUGAAGAGUUUUGUUCCAGAAUAAGAUCUCUAAAAAAUAUAUACCGAAUUUUAAAUUUUUUUUACAUAAAAAUAACUUUUUUCUUUAUGAAAAACAUGGGAAGAGUUUAUUUCAGUACCGUCAAUUAUCAUAAACUAACGUUGUAUAGAAUGCAAUUAUUUUUGAGUGAUAUGAUUGAUAUUACAGGUUUUAAUGUUUAUAUUAUAAUGGAUACACAGUAUAGUGUUUUGGAAUGAAACCCUUCAUAUGUAUAGUUGCUGUCAGGUGAAGACCUCAUAUCUUCACAAAGAAAACAGAGUUUAGAUUGACCCAAAUGUAUUAUGGCGUUGAUCCUGUGGUAUAUAUAAUGGGUUUAUUAUAUAUAUAACAUUAAUAGAAGUUUCUCAGCCUAUAGAGGAGUGUGUAAUUUAAAGGAGCACCCCUUGACACCGUAUAGAACCAAUGAAUCCUUAAAAUUUCCAAAAGCUUUAAAACAUCAACCAUAAGGUGUGAGGUAAUUGAAGCAUAUUGGAAUGUGUAAAAGAAAUCAGUGAGUAAACGUGAGCAUCACCUCUACUGGGAAUACAAAGUUUUCACAGGAUCGUUGUAGCACAGCUCACAGACUUUCCCUCUUUGUUGAAUAAUGUGAUAUUUUUCUUGUAAUGAGACCACAACAUACACCUUUAAUGCAGCCACAGUUAAUGUGCUUGUGUUACACUGUAGUGUCUUUUUUUUUUUUUUUUUUUUCUUUUUUUUUGUAUGAAUUGUUCAUUUUGAUGUCUCAUGUAGCCUGCACAUUAGCAAGGAGUCGCACAGACCAGGUUAAACAUCAGACAAGAGGGCAACCUGUCUGCCCGUCUUCAAACCCAUCUGUGUUCCAGUUGGUCUUAUUCUUUGACAGUUAUUUCAAUAUAAAACUUAUUCACAUGUACUAAAUCUGGUACGGAGCCUGCGGACUGGCACUGGACAUUUUCAGUGUCCUACCACUCUCCCUCUCUCUUGAAGUCUUCUUGAACACUUGAACUGCUCAGCUUUCCGAUGGAAACCAGCUAAAUGUCAAAAAAGAAAAUGGAUGUUUGGUUCUGUUAAAUUGUGUUACAGUGAUGCUCUGCAGAGAAAUCAUAAACAGAAUGAAAAUAGAAAGUACGGCUGUUUUAUAUGUUUGUUAACCAUCUACGUACGCAGGUGUGUUGAAAGGUCUCAGGUGAGGCCGAGGCAAGGAACUCAUGCAUGUAUUCAUCCAGGAGCGAGGAAGGAAGGAACAGUGAACUGACGGGAGUGUGCUAGAGGUUUUAUGAAAUUAAAUAUCUGUAAUUUACAUUUUGAAGAAAAAUAUAUCUUUUGUACUUUUCAUGUGAAUAUUUUUUAUCUUUCACAGUUUGUGUGAUUGUGACAGGACAUAAAUAAUAACCAUUGUGUUGGGAGUUUACUGUGCAUCCUUUCCUACCUGUUUGGUCAGUAAGCCCCAUUGUGUGAAUGUGUAGUAUAUAAAUAAAAAACAAUCAUUUUGGUAGCUAAUUUGAUGGAAUACAUUGGGAGGUUGGGGGCAUUAAUUUUUUUUUUUUUAAAGAAAUGGUCAUUUCUAUAUGGAAUUGUUUGCAUACAUUAUGUGUGUGAAAAGCAUAUAAAACACUUGAACCUCCA